GUGGAUUCCUGCGCGUCCCAGGGGUGCCAAGAGUGCGCAGCUAGACGGGAAAUUGCAAAAGUCUUACGCCCUCCGCCCUCCCCACGGCUUUCCCGUAACUCCCGCCCCUCGGCGCCCGUCCCGGCUGAUUCAUAGCCCGGGAGCCCGGCAGCCUCCCGGGUGUCCGUACCCGCCGCCCGCGCCGCGGAGGACGCGUCCGGCUCCAGCAGGCCCGGCCCGCGCGGAAACGGAACUAUGGCUCCCUUGGCAGCCCUCCAAGCGACAUUCCUCCUGGCACUGGUGUCCUUGAGAACUGGCGGCGGCAAAGCCCUGUCCGAACCUUCGCCCUUGACUCCCGAGUCACUGAAAGUUUCCAUCGAUUCUUCACAGCAGAGUUUGCUUUUGCAGUGGAGUGUCCACAGCCUCACGCAUCAUCAGGAAUUAAAAAUGGUUUUUCAGAUAGAGAUCAGUAGAAUGACGACAUCCAAUGUCAUCUGGGUGGAGAAUUACAGCACCACUGUGGAGUGGAAGCAGGUGCUGCACUGGAGAUGGGUCUCUGAACUUCCUUUGGAGUGUGCGACGCACUUCGUAAGACUGAGGGGGAAGGUGGAGGAAGCUGGGAUCCCCAGGCCGAGUUCCUGGGGCAACUGGAGCUCGUGGGAGGAAGUAGAUGCACAGGAGUCGCUUGGACCUGGCUCAUUGUUCGUUUUCCCCGAAGAGAAGCUGGUGGAGGAAGGCUCCAAUGUCACCAUUUGUUACAUUUCCAGGAGCCAUGACAAUAACGUGUCCUGUUAUCUGGAAGGUGUACGGAUACACGGCGAACAGCUUGGUCCAAAUGUAUCUGUGCUCACGUUGGGUAACGUCCCUUUCGUUAGGAACACGGGCACAAACUUCUUUUGUAAGAUGAACCAGACACGUGACAUAGACGGCUUCGUUCUCUUUGUCUUCAAAGUACUUGAGGAGCCCAAGGGCUUUUCUUGUGAAACUCAGGACUUCAAGACUUUGAACUGCACUUGGGAGCCUGGGACUGACACGGACCUGCCUAAGUAUCGCUCCCAAAGCUACACUUUAUCUGAAGCAUUUUCUGGGGAAAAGAAAUCGUGUGAACACAAAAACUGGUGUGUUUGGCAAGUGGCUGCAGACUCCCAGGAAAUGUACAACUUCACACUCGUGGCUGAAAACUCCUUCAGGAAGAGGAGCGUCAAUGCUCUUUUCGACCUGGUUCAUCGAGUUCGCCCAAUGACCCCCUUGACUAUGCGCCUAAAAAGCAUAAGUGCCACAAGUGCCACCGUGACCUGGAAGGUGCGCUCCAUCCGGCAUAAUCUCAUGUAUUUGUGUCAGGUUGAACUCCACGGUGAAGGAAAAGUCAUGCAACACAAUGUUUCCGUGGAGGAGGACGGUCAGCACUCCUUCGGCGCGCUGGAGCCUGCCACGGAGUACGUGGCCCGAGUCCGCUGCGCCGCGGCGGAGCACUUCUGGAAGUGGAGUGAAUGGACGGGCCGGAACUUCAGCACACUCCCAGCUGCUCCCUCCGAGGCCCCUGACGUCUGGAGAGACGUGAAGCCGGCACUGGGAUCUUGUAACGUAACUUUAUUCUGGAAGCCACUCUCAAAAUCGCAGGCCCGCGGGGAGAUUCUGUUCCAUAAUGUGCUUGUAGAAAACCUGCACAGACCGUCCGGUUCGCAGCUCUUUUCCAUCCCUGCUCCGGCCAGCGGCACAGAAGUAGCCCUUGAUGGCUGUUCUCACCGAAUCCUCGUCACAGCUAACAACAGCGCGGGCACUUCUCCUGCCGCUGUGAUUGUCAUUUCCGGGGACCCUGUAGACAAAGAGGUUGAAGAAGAAAGAGUUGAACACACAGAGCCGGGAUUCUCUCUGUCUUGGAAGCCCCCACCGGAAGACGUCAUAGACUACGUUGUGGACUGGUGCGACCGUCCCUGGGACACACCCUGUGGCCUCCAGUGGAGACACCUGGGCCCCAACAGCACGAGCACAGUCAUUAGCUCGGGUGCUUUUAAACCAGGGGUCCGAUACCACUUCAGGAUUUAUGGAAUUUCCCCGGAAAGGAUGGCUUAUUUGCUGGAGAGAAAAACAGGGUACUCCCAGGAAAAGGCCCCUUCAGACGCCCCCCAGGUGCUCGUGUAUAACCUGACAUCACACGCCUUCACGCUGAGCUGGAAAGACUACUCCACGGACUCCCAGCCUGGUUUCAUCUGCGGCUACUACGUCUACCUGAGGUCCAAGGCAGAGCAGUGCCACCCAGAAUUCCAAAAGACGGUCCUUCCAGAUGGUUCAGUAGGCUGCCGAUAUGAAAUCAACAACCCGGAACAGAAGAUGCUGGUUGUGGGAAACCUACAGCCGGAAUCCUCCUACGAGUUCUCGGUCAUCCCGUACACCAGGGCUGGCGAAGGCCAGAUCGGCGCCUUCACCAAGGUCACCAUGCCGGACGAGCACUCCCACGUACUGAUACGUAUCAUGAUCCCGAUGACGGCCUGCCUCCUGCUCAUCGUGAUCCUGUGCUACUUGAAGAGUCAGUGGGUGAAGGAGAUGUGUUAUUCUGACAUCCCAGAUCCUCGAGAGAGCAGGGUCCUGUCGUUCCUGAAACUCAAGGAGACCGCUCCCCUGACAAUAAUGAAUGUCAACGACUGCGUUCCAGAUGCUCUUGAGGUUGUCAAGAAGCCCGAAGGGAGCAAGAUCCAGUUCUCGGGCGCCAGGAAGCGCCCCCCAGAAACCGCGUGCACUAGGCCGGAGUACAUUUACCUCCUCCCAACGGAGAACUCCCCAGGCUCCAGCGGCUUCAUCUGCUUUGAGAACUUGACCUAUAACCAAGCAGCUCCCAACUCCGGUUCCUGUGCCCAUGUCCUGGGACCUCACAAAGCCCCACCAAGUCAGCUGGGACUACCGACUCCACCUGAAAAUUUACUGAAGCCCCUAGAACAAAACUACAUGAAUACCCUGGCAGAAAUCCCACCCGGAGAGACGACUUUGAAUUACGUGUCCCAGUUGGCAUUCCCCGUAUCUGGGGACAAAGACCUUCUCCCAGCAAAGCCCCCUGAGCCGGAGCCGGCCCUCUGCUGCGAGUAUAGAAUGCAAAUGGCCGUGCCCCUUGGCCUCGCCUCGCCCUCCCCGAAUGAGAGCAGCAACUGCUCCCCAACUGCCCUCUUGGAGCAAGACCACCACGGCUAACCGUCCACUCGGUUGGAGCCUGUGUGCUCCAGAACACCGAGAGACUGCCGACCCCAUUUCAUCACCAGACCGGAUGCUUACUGGCGUUUAAACCCCCGUGAGCUGCCACCACUGGCAGGCCCGAUUUCUAGGAGGCCACGGCCAUCUGGCUAGGUUUCCAAGUGCAAGAGCCAGGAGACUCACCGUCCUUCCUCGCAGCCGGCUUGCUGUAGAAAUGCCGCAUCGCCCAUGAGCACAGGCUUACCUCGCCGCCGCACGUUCCAGGCCGCCUUCGCAACAGCCAGCCACCUCGGCACCUGACGUGGCGGUGAGCCCAUCCGCUCGGUACCGGACAGGGCGGUUAUGGUCCUAGAGGUUCAGCGAGAAAGGAUUUCCAUGACGUUUUACCCCCGCAUUUACUAUUGUGAGGGUGAAGGCACUACUAGACUGAAGGCUUAAUAGAGGCCACAGGUUUGUUACCACAGCAGAUGUUGUCAAUGCUAAUUUACUCUGGAGGUACUUAAUGAACAAGUCACAGGUGUUUGAGACAGAUUUCAGACUCGUCUUGCAGUGGUGAGAAUUUACAGCUCAUUGGCACAGUGCAGUGAGGUCUCCCCCCGGGGUGGGGGGCGCGCAGGCCUCUCUAACAGGUCAGACACCUGAAUGAAUGAGAUCCCCACAGGCGUCCUGUCUUGCUCACCAGGUGGAGAGCAGGGCUGGCAAGAACCUCUCGACUUAGUGUCAGAGUAACGGCACUACUGCUGAGGACACACCAUUCUGCCACAAUUUUUGACGACUACCUCAGAGAGAAAAGGGACAGCACAUUGAGUAACUCCAGGUGCUCCUUUUUAUUUGUCCAAGAACUGUACUCUAUGUGACCCGCUUUCAUUUAGCAUCCCUUAGACUCUACAAUGGGUGAUCGAGGCCCAAAUACCACCCUCUCUCUCACUGGUAUUCCUAUUAUGCUUACCUUGUCAACACAGUGAAACAUGCUGCUGGACACUCCCCCACCCCGGGUGUGACUGAGAAGCUGCCUGGGGUGGGGCAGCUCCCUUUGGGUCAGCGUCAGCAGCUUUGCGUCCCUGAACCAAGGUGGGCAAAGCUCCACAUCACAGGGGCUGCUCUCCUGGUGCCCGUCAGCCCGAUGUUUACCGGUCGUGUUUCUAAACAAGCACAGACACAGGCUCCUUUUCGUUUGGCAUGGUGGACGUGACACUGCCCGUGCCUCUCGUGCCACAUGCCCUGCCUGGGCCACCACCACGAGGAGAGGGAGGGCAGGGCCCACACCUCAGAGGAAGGCGGCUGUCAGCUGGCCUGGACACGAGACACAGACCAGGACUUCUGUCCGGGCUUGUCAACAGCGUGCUCACAUAAGUCUAUGCCUUUUGCUAGGAAAACUGGUUACGAAGCCCUCAUACAGUACACAUGAGUAUCUUGAUUAGCAUCACAGUGUUGAGAACACUGGGUCCAGAUGGUCAUCAUUUACCCUCUUGGGUUGCUCUGUCAUGAAGCAAUUAUAAGUCCACAGAAAUGUCGAUGACAGCGAGGACUGAUGUAAACAGUAUCUUUCAUGUAGACUCUCUUUACAACAACAAUGCAUGAAACCUUGAAGUUCUUUUGGUUGCAACAGCCUUAAUUAAAAUACUUCACCACUGCA